CUGCUGCGCAAAUCCAGUGCCAGAGAUCUACCCAUAUGAGCAAAGAGGCGGGCGCGUACAUCGUGCUACAGGAGAGGGCGACUCCAAAAUCAAGUCAACAACUCUGUGACAACAUGGCUAUCGCAGCUUCAAAGGCACUUGCUGACUUUGCAGAGAAGAGGGGAAUCACACCAGACAACAUCAUUGGGACUAUGGACGAGCCAGGCAUCUUCCCACGAGAGGCAGCAGACGUCGCUAUGCAAGCUAUCAAAGACGGAGUCGCGAGAAUCACAAAUUUGACGUGGCAACAGGUCUACGAUAUGGCAGAGAAGGACAUCAAGGAGGCACGCGAAGGUGCCGACCUUCUCAUCGAAAAGAAAUUCAUCAAGGAGUUCCCACAGGAUCUUCUUGACGAGUCGAUCAACACGGCUAUCAAUGUAGCUACUAAAUAA